AUGAGCUACAUCGCCCGCCGAGGUCUCUCGACCUUGAUCCCUCCCAAGAUUGCUUCCCCUAACGCCAUUGGCGCUGCCAAGGAUGCCGCUCGCAUGGAUCGCGUUGUGAACUUCUACGCCCGCCUGCCCCGUGGUGCUGCUCCCGAGGUCAAGCCCACCGGCAUCAUCGGCCGCUACCAGGCUCGCUACUUCGGCAGCAAGCCCUCUGCUGCGCCCCUUGCCCACGCCAUCGGUGGCAUUCUCAUCCUCGGCUACAGCAUGGAGUACUACUUCCACCUCCGUCACCACAAGAACCACCCCCACUAA